AUGACAGCAGAACUCCCAAAUAAGCAAAGAGGCCGCGAGAAGGAUCGCGCAAAGAGAACCAAGGAUGGUGUCACUCAAUUGCCGCGCAAAAAGUUCUAUCGCCAGCGAGCGCAUGCGAAUCCUUUCUCUGACCAUAUGCUAGAAUACCCCAAAUCCCCUGAUGACAUGGAUUGGUCCUCAUACUUCCCUCACUACGUUCAGGAAGGUACACCAGAAGAUUCAUCAAAGCCUCCUCGUCUAACAAAAGAUGUGGAAAUCGUCGAUAUUGGUUGCGGAUUCGGUGGUCUUACGGUUGCUUUGGCUCCCAAGAUGCCAGACACUCUCACACUUGGUCUGGAGAUUCGCACACAAGUAGCAGGUUAUGUUCAAGAACGUAUAAAAGCACUGCGAUCACAGAGCUCGGACAACAUGUAUCAAAAUGUUGCAUGCAUCCGAGCAAACACCAUGAAGUUCCUUCCUAAUUUCUUCAAGAAGGCACAGCUAUCAAAAAUCUUCAUCUGCUUCCCCGACCCUCAUUUCAAGGCCAGGAAGCACAAGGCCAGAAUUGUGUCGACAACGUUGAACUCAGAGUAUGCUUAUGCACUUCGACCCGGUGGUAUUGUGUACACCAUCACUGAUGUCGAGGACUUGCAUCUGUGGAUGGUUCAGCAUCUUGAAGCUCACCCUGCUUUCGAGAGGAUUUCCAAGGAAGAGGAAGAAGCGGAUGAGUGUGUCCAGGUCAUGUCAACUGAGACUGAGGAGAGCAAGAAGCACCACCGACUUCACCACUUACAUCUAUCCAUCUUCGUUCAAGAAUGUGGCUUUGAGGUCAACAUCCUGGUGAUGGCCCUCAAGCGUAGAGAUGCUAUUGUUGCAGGACUCGCUGCCUUCAUAGCCUGGGGCUUUGCUGCGAGCUGGUCACCCAUUCUCCGCUGGGCAGGCCAUGCUUUUGUUGCUGGCUCAUUCGUCACUCUGAUCCUCCUCUUGGCCGGCCUCUUCCUUGUCUCGAGACAUCCCAACGACCGAACCCUGCCACCGAAUGGCGUCACCUUCCUAAAUCUAAAAUCAUGGCGAUCCGAGGUGCAGGCGUUGCGCCAGCGACAGUUAUAUACUCCAACCCAAAUACAGCCCGAAUCACCCCGCGUUGCCAAAGCUAUUGACGAUUUGCUCGGCCUGAUAAUCCGCGAUUUUGUUAGCAGUUGGUAUUCGAAUAUAAGUCGCAACCCGGCCUUUACGAACCAGGUCGAUAAAGCUGUGCGCGAUGCAUUGCUGAGCUUGUGUGAUAUUCUGCGUGACAAAGAUCUCGCAGACCUUCUGACCAGCCGUCUUGUUCCUCUGCUCACCGCCCACUUUCGAGAUUUCUAUGAAGCCGAGAAAUCUGUACGAGGAAAGAAGCUUAAUCGCUCAGUUACUGAAUCUGAAGAGCUUGAUCUGGCCAUUGCUUCAAAAUUCCGCGAUGGGCGACUUCAUCCUGCUGCGUCAUUGUCGUUUCCCGACACCAAGAUGGUACAACAAGACUAUCUACGGUCUCUUGUCGCAAAGAUCGUACCUCAAAUACUCCCGGAGAAUAUGCUAUCUAGUCGAGCUGUCUCCAUCAUUAUUCGCGAAAUUGUUUCAUGCGCCGUUUUAUUCCCCGUGGUUCAGCUUCUUGCCGAGCCUGAUACAUGGAAUCAGCUAAUGGAGAACAUGGGUCGAUCAAUGCUGCAAGACAGGUCAACAGUACGCAAGCUUCGAGCAGCUUUGGACCAACAUGCUCCUUCUACGCCGAAGAAUAACAAAUUAGCCUCCAUGCCUAGGGUUGCGCCAGGUGAUAGCGAGCGCAAGUUCGAAAAGUUCAUCCGCGCGAUUAGAAAGGUCAACAACCUGUCAGAUGCACGUCGGUUUCGCAGCGAAGUUGCCAGUCAACUGAAGAGGGAUUCUCUUGAAGAUAGUCAAGACCAAGUCUACCUUCGUCGAUUGGAGAUGGGAAAGAGGCUGCUCGAUCAACGGGUAACUCAUCUAGCUGCUGGCGGUGAACGUCGUCCACCGGGGCCAUUGCCUCUACCAUCGACUACAUCGACUACAUCACAGUCCAAGUUGGAGAGUGCACCGUUGGUAGACAUCUUGCGAGACCCUUCAGCACUUUCCUAUUUUAUGGAAUACAUGGAUCGUCAAAAUGUGAUGCCGUUAGUACAGUUCUGGCUGGUCGUUGAUGGUUUCCGAAACCCUCUAGAGGAUGAUGGCCCCGAUGAUGAGCUGCCAUCAACCCUACCAAUGUGGACAGACUCAGAUCGUCAGGACUUACAGCAGAUCAAUCAAGCGUACUUAUCAAGACCUGAGCUCAAGGUUCCCGACCAUUCGAAGAAUGAAGUAAAAGAGUUUAUCAAGGCAGGAAAAUCAGCCACUCCAAUGCAAUAUUUUAGGGCCCGGCGGGCUAUUCUGAAAGCGCAGAGCGCUGUUUUGGAAGAAAUGCGUGCGCGAUUCUUCCAGGGUUUCAAGAAAUCUGAUCUCUUUUACAAAUGUCUAGCAGCUGAAGAAGCCGCCAGUAUCCAGACCCUCAGGUCGACACCGCAACCAGAAGUACAAGCAGUGGCGGCCAACCGGGCUAGCAAGACCUUACCAGCAAAGCCAAGACCAGUGUCACGAUUAACUACUCAACUAUCCAACACGAGCAAACGUACAGGAUCUGCUUCGGACUUAAGAUCUCUUACCUCCAACGGCAAUGGACGUGGUCACCGAGCCAGGCGCUCACUUGACGAGGGCUCUACAAACCCCUUGUUCGAAGACGACGACAUUGAUACCGACGGAUUAGGAGAUUCCGUGCAAAGUUUGGACCCCGAAGCGAACAGCCAGCAAUUGCCGGACACCCAAGUUGUUCAGGCAGUAGAGGAGGCUUUCACAAACAUCAUGGAGGAUGAUCGUCCUCAGACCGCUGAGGAUUUGCGUGCAUCUCUCUUUGGAGGCGCCGGUGGCAGCAGUAUUGGUGGCCUUGAUGACAAUACAUCAAGUCUCUUCUCAGGUCAGGAUAAUGAUUCUAAUCGCGGUUCUCUGGACAUGGGAGUGCGGCCAUCCACAUUCAGCAAAGAAGGGGAAAAACCAAGCCUCUCAUCACUUGGUCUUGUCAGCGCGGCUUCACGAAUUGGUGUCUUUGUCGAUGAUGAUCUAUUUGGUGAUAAUAACAAAGAUCUCCCUGAUGAGGGCGAUCCCGACGAGGGCCCACCGCCCGAUGACGAGGACGAAGUGCACGAAGCAGCGCCUGGAGACCUUGGACUGGCGGAAGCCAUCACUGCACUUUCGAAUGACAUUGAUCGUUUGGUAGCGCAAGAAGCGGUCGUUGAGUCCCUUACGCGAAAAGCAGAGUUGACAAACAAUACCGCGGAGCUACGCAUUCUUAGGAAGUCGAAAGCGUCUUUGCAAAGGGAGAUUAGGCGCAAGGAGCUUCAGCGACAGCAAUACGUCAUCCAAGAAAGCGACAAUAGUCUCUAUGGCCGCUCCACUAUCAAGAUCAAAUCCAUCCAAGUAGGAAGGGAGGAAGAUGGUAGAGAGUUCGCCCUAUACGUUGUUGAAGUGCAAAGAGAUGCUGGAGAGCAGAUGCCCGCAGCUUCAUGGGUGAUUUCGCGGAGAUACAGCGAGUUCCACGAACUUCACCAAAAGCUACGGUCCCGAUACCCAUCGGUUCGAAAUCUCGACUUUCCUCGGCGACGUAUGGUUAUGAAGUUCCAAAGCGAGUUUCUACGCAAGAGGCGAACUGCUCUUGAGCAGUAUCUACAAGACCUUCUGCUGCUACCUGAAGUUUGCCGCAGCCGUGAGCUCAGAGCAUUCCUUUCGCAGAGUGUGAUAACACAAGGCCAAGAUAUUCUGGAUCGCGAAGACAAGAAAGAUAUGAUGACCCGGUUGUACGAUUCUGUUGCAGAUGGCAUGGACGAUAUCCUUGGAAACAUACCUGUUCUCGACCAAAUAUCUGAAGCUGGCCAGAACCUAAUUGCGGCGGCUACAAACCAACUCAACACAGUUCCGCUCAAUGCUAACGAAGAUAACUUCCCGGCUGCUGAGGCCGAAGCUGAAUUGAACGCCUUUGAGAAUAAGGAGCUUGAACCGUUCAUCAAACCAAUCUGCGACAUCUUCCUCGAGAUAUUCGAGCUCAAUAAGGGGAACAACUGGCUUCGUGGAAGAGCAGUCGUGGUUGUACUUCAGCAGCUUCUUGGUGGUACGAUUGAGAGAAAAGUGCGCGAUAAUGUCAAGAUGUUUGCGCAAGACGAGAACAUUCUCAAAUGUAUCAGCUUGGUUCAGGACAGUUUAUGGCCUGGAGGACAGAUGCAACGAGACAAAAAGCCGCGCACAGCUGCCGAGAAGAAAAAGACACGGACUGAGGCGAGCUUGAUGCUGGCUACACUGGUGCCAGAUCUCGCAGGCAGUGUCGUAGGAAGAGUCAACGCGCAGGCAGCGAGCCGUCGUAUUUUUGCGACGUUGAAUAACUCGAGGUUGAAUGCACAUCUCGUAUUCACCAUGAUUGAUGAAAUCAUCUCGGUCCUAUUCGAGGAACCUUAG